AUGGCUCAAGUCACGCAGCUGCGUGAGAAUCUGACUGUGAUGGUGUUUGGCGUGCCCCUCCUAGACGUGGAUAGCAAGUUCCUUAUCGCUUGUCCACAUGGACAUUCUAAGACCUGCAACUCAAAGCGCUGGAAGUUGCCUGUGCAACCAUGUCCCGAGAGCAUAUCAACGCUGAACGAGUGGUGCCAAGCAAUGUCUCAUCAUCUCAAAAUCACUUGGGACUUCGGCUUUUUGGAUCGCUCCCAGAUGGGUUGGCAAGGCGCACGGGCUGACAUUGCUCGACUUGGUGACUCUUCCAGUGGUACAAACUACAAGGGUCAGCUGAAUAACUUGCUUCACAAGCUCCUUCGUAGACCAGUGAUGAAGGGGGAUGUCGUCUACGAGCUUGAUUCCAAUAGCGCACCUUUCACUGCCUCCGUCUCAUUGACGCCCGAUGGCCUUGGAGGCAGCGAGCGGCGGCGCUUUGUCGGUGCAGCCUGCAGCGCCAAGAAGCCGGCUGAGCAGUCGGCGGCUGCGCGGGCAUUAGAUGAACUUGAAGGGCUGAACAUCCGUGCUUCCCCGGCGAAGCAGAAGAUACCGCAAAUGUUCACCUCAAACUACAAAGGACAGCUGGUGGAGCAGCUACAGCAACUGCUGGGGCACACGUUGAACGCUGGAGAUCUGGUUUUCAACACCCCAGCAGAUGCACCGCCAUUCGUCACUUCGGUCGAGGUGAAUAUCAUGGAGGAGAAGAAAACCGUGCUGAGCGCGGCUUGCCCUAACAAAAAGGCGGCGGAACAGAGUGCCGCUCGUGCCAUGGUCGAAAAACUUCAGAAGGAUUUCAGCCAGGAGUUCAAGAAGCAGCCAAUCUGUGGUCCUAUGGUGCCAGUUUUCUGCUGUACAGUCUCCAUAUUGCUGGGGGACCUCAUGAUUUGUGAGGCUGCCAGUGACUCGCUAAGUUUUUCCUCCAAGCAGGCGGCCAAGGAGAGUGCUGCCUUUGAGGCGUGUCAAAAACUUUGUCACAAAGUUGAAGGAUCUGCUGGUCAGCUGGAACUCUCCGAGCAGAUUGCGCGUUUCUGUCAAGAGAGACCUGUGGCAGCUCCAAUCUUGGUGCAGCCGCAGGAUGGCCUACUUCCCCGGCCUGUAGGGUUAGUGAUCUGA